AAGCGGAGGAAGAGGAGGACCGCCAUCGCUGCCCGCUCCGGGGGCAAAGGCCACGGGAAGAAGGCGAAGACGCGUUGCAGCAGGAAACCCCUACACGUCAACUUCAAGGAGCUGGGCUGGGACGACUGGAUCAUCGCCCCGUUGGAUUACGAGGCGUAUCACUGCGAGGGGGUCUGCGACUUCCCCCUGCGCUCCCACCUGGAGCCCACCAACCACGCCAUCAUCCAGACCCUGAUGAACUCCAUGGAUCCGGAAUCCACCCCCCCCAGCUGCUGCGUGCCCUCCAAGCUCAGCCCCAUCAGCAUCCUCUACAUAGACUCCGGGAACAACGUGGUGUACAAACAGUACGAGGACAUGGUGGUGGAGACGUGCGGCUGCAGGUAGCAAUUUCUGCGGCUCUUCCCCACCCCACCACGCCCCAUUUUAUAUAUAAAUA